GGAUGGGGACAGCCACAGCAGGCAGCCAGGGGCCUGGUGUAAGUGUAGCCCCGGCUGGGACUGCAACUGGGCAGGUAACAGAGACCGUGUCUGCCAGCAGUGUUAGUCUAAUGCUGGCUGGCGCUGCCAGCAUGUCACCAGACUCGGUGAUCAUGGCUUCGGCAGGCACCGGCAGCCUGACGCCCUCAGGCCACGUGAGUGUGGUCUCUGCUGGAGCUGGGAGUGUGGCGGGCCUAGGAACCGUCACCCCGCUCAGGCCCGAGUACCCCCUGGUGUCAAGCUUGCAGAGCGAGGGCGACAUGAGUGAGCGGGACGGAAGUCAGAGGGUGACCAUGGCCAGUCCAAAGGUAUCCACGAAAGGGAUGUCAUCGCGGAGGCACUCCCAGCGCAGAGAAGGCCAAGCUCGCAGACAGGCCGAGAAGGAAGGCAGCGGUGGCCAGAGGAGGUCAUCCCGGCGGGCUGUGACUUCCAGGGAGAUGCAGAAAUCCAGCCACCAGCCUGGGGGAAGCCGCCACAGCCCAUCUUCCCACAAAGCCACCAGCCGCAGCCCAUCUGUAAAGGAUUCCAGGACCGCUCACAAACCAAGGAAGAAUAAAGAUUCAGCCAGCAUCCCUCUUCCAGUCACUGCCUCAACUAAGAAACUCAGCCGUAUCGCCUCCUUGUUGCGAAGCUUCUCCCGCUCUAUCCGAAAGCACCUCAGUCCUCGCCAACGUGGGGGGCACAACUGAGGCCUCUAAGGCCUCAGCCACUCAGAUCGACA